CGUCGCUUCAACAAUGUACGGGACAAUUACGAGGAAGGGAAAUCCAGUCGCGACCGUCUACGAUCACGAGAAAGAUCUGCAGCUGAGCGUUCAGCUGAUCCGUUGGAUGUUGGAGGUGGUUGGCGCGUGGCCGAAACCUACCACGAUCUCAUUGCUAAAGAGAUACGCGUACGCGCUGUGGUACGCGAUUUGUAUCAGUUUGAUCAGCUUCCUUAUCGUACCCUCCAUCAUAAGCAUGAUAGUUGAAAUGGAACGUACGUACGCUAUGGUAAAACUCGCCGGAGCGCUGAGCUUCAUGAUUCUGGCUAUCGCGAAGUAUGUCUCGCUUAUCUUCCACGAAAAAGAUAUUCGCAGUGGUAUCGAGCACAUUCGGAGUGACUGGAUGAACACUCGGUAUUACGGCGAUCGGAUCAUCAUGAUUAAAAGCGCGAAAUUCGGCCGGCACCUCGUGACACUCUGUGCCGGCUUCAUGUACGGCGGUGCCGCUUUCUUCUAUCUCGCCGUGCCGUACAGUAUUGGCAAAGUUACAGAAGACGACGGAAACCUGACGUAUUGGCCGAUGAGGUAUCCAGUCGCCACGAUGAUCAUCGACGUGCGAUACAGUCCCACCAAUGAGAUUUUCUUUUGGGUGCAGUGCCUGUCGGGCUUCCUCGCGCAUUCCAUCACUGCCACUGGAUGCAGCAUAGCCGCCGUAUUCGCGAUGCACGUCUACGGCCGUAUGGAAAUCCUAACACAGUGGAUCGAGCACUUGAUAGACGGCCGGGAAGAUUUAUGCGAUGAUAUGAAUGAGAGAUUGGCGAUGAUCGUGCAGCAGCACGUUCAAAUCUUACAUUUUAUAUCGCUGACGGAUAAAGUACUGCGUGAAAUAUCUAUCAUAGAAGUUAUACAAUGUACAGUAACCAUAUGUCUCGUUGGACAUGCUGCCAUCGUGGAAUGGGAAAGUAAAAAUCCUACAAGUUACAUAACGUAUAUCGUUCUGACUCUUUCUUUUACUUUUAACAUCUUUAUAUUAUGUUACGUCGGCGAGCUUGUUACUGAAAAGUAUAAGAAGAUCGGCGAGGUGUCAUACACGAUCGACUGGUAUCGUUAUCAGGAA